CCAGUUGACGUCACUGUUAUUGUACAGUCACAUUACUAACAUAUGACAUUUCGAAACUUACUUUAAAAUAACUGCGCGUAUGUGGAGGAUAUUUAAUAACAACAAAUAUACCAGUUUCUGUAUUAUUACUGAUGUCUUUCUAAUAUGAAGUAAACAGGUAGUGACAAAAUUCUGUACAUACGUAUUUACAGAUAAUUCUCGUAAAUCAGGGAUAAAUAUACUUAACAAUGGGAAAAGGAAAAGAUGGCGGCCUUGAAUGUUGUAUGGCAUGUGGCGCAGCAGCAUGCUGUUGUCUAAUGGUUAUCAUAGUCAUUGCAUUAGCGGGACUUGGUAUUGCUAAAAUUGUCAUGGGGGCUAUUUAUUUACAUGACUGUAGCAUCGAGGACCUCAUUCCGAUCUGGCUGAUUGUAAGCGGAUGUGCUCCAAUUCUGUUCGGUGGAUUUGGUAGACAAAAUAACGAGGACAGUGGCGACGGUAACAAGUUAUGUGGAACCAUUUGCGGUGUCAUCGGCUUCCUUUUCAACCUUGCCUGGCUCAUCUGUGGAAGUGUGUGGGUUUAUCCUAACUACAGGACAGUAACAGCUGAUGAUUUUACACCAUGUACGGGAAACAUCACUACUGGUUGUACUCAAGGGAAUUGUGACAAAAGUCUUAUCACAUUUGCUUUUGCGAUGGCGACACUUGACUGGAUAUUCAUGGGCCUUUGGAUCGUUCUAAUCGGGUGUCUAAUUCUAAGAGUGUGUAAAGGUUCGAAAAAAAAUGAUAUCAAUCUGAUAUAAAACAAAAUGGAAAGGGCGUGCGUUUAGCCUUGUUGUUUAUAGUAUAUGAAGAUAAACGCAAGAAUAUUCUCAGCGAAACAAUUUGAUAUCAAACUCCCCAGGAAAUGUGAAUAUGGCUCAACAUUAUGAAGACAAUACACAUUAUGUAUCGAAAGAACCUUGAAAUAUAUUCAUUCCAAGAAUUUGUAGCUAUACGAGAUACGCAUUUUUUACGUAAAUAUCCAUACAAUUUUGAUGCAGCACGGGUUUAUAGGUGUAAAUUUAAUCCGCCUUUAACGUGUUUAUCUUUUCAUUGCGUUUAUUGCUAUUAAUAUACUUUUUGAUAUGAAAACUGCCUAGAAAUGUUUUAAAUGCUGGAGGGUAUAACUGUAAUUAGUAAUACGUAUUUUGAUGUAUCUAAACCGGAACAAAAUGUUAUUUUACGGGGUUCUCAAACUUUGAUAUCGGAAACGACAUUAGUGAUCGUAACUGAACUAGAUUAUUGUAAUCUGCUGCUGUAUUUACAUUUUACAUGCCUUUUGAUAUCGGGACCGCUUUAAUUACAUGAGAUUAUAGCUGUAGAUAGCCAUUGUAUACCGAAACUGCCAUAUAUUGUUGAUAUUGUCAUAGAAUAUAGCUACAGGUAUGCAUUUUGAUAAUAAUAUCAAAAACGCAUUGAAAUCUCGUUGUGCAUGAGGUUGUAGUUGUAGAUACGCAUUUUGAAGACAUAACCGUCACAAGUUGUCGAAAAUUGCAGUUUAUUUCAACGUCAAUGAUGAAUUAUAAAAAUAAGGAAACAAUAAAUGAUAUAUUUCUGACACAAGUACAAUCUUGACAAAUUUGAGCAUAUUUUGACACUUUGAGAGACUGUGUCUAUCCAGAAAGUUGAAACGUAGAAGGUGAAAUUAUUUUACAAUUUUUGAAAUUGUACUUUAUGAUUAACAUUAUUUGUUAUGAAAUGCGCAAUAAAGUAUUGUCACUUAUAUAUAAAACAAAUAUAUUGUUACAGUUAAAAUAUGGAGUUACCGGUUAUUUUUAUAUUUAUAUUCUGACCAGUUAAACAUUUGCCAAGAGACAAAAGCCCUUGUUUCUGGUCCAAAAAUAAUUUGCCAGUGUAUAAUGAAUAAAAUUCAAAUCGCAUGAAAAGUAUUUACUUUAUCGGCAUACAUUAAUGCUUCUAGAACUGAUAGCAUCCGCUGAGGCUGUUAGGUGUGUCCCUUUUUGACUUGGCAAUGCAUUAUAA